AUCGAUCGUAGCGAAAAUUGCCUUCUCGGGUAGAAAAACUGCAUUUCCGCGAGAAAAGCGUCCCAUUUCACCAGCCAAAGCACUGCAACACUCUCGAGUGUGGUCAUUGCAGUGACUUGAGACCCUAUCGUGUGGAGAAACCGCCGGGAAAAGGCGGAAAUCCAGGUGAAAAGUCUAGUUUACAAGAGGGAGUCGCUACUUCGAGAUGUCUGGAAAGCUGCCCAUCCCAAAGCGUCGGGACGCCCCGAAUGCGUCCUCAUCCAGCAACUCGAGCCUCUCUUCAGCUGAUGGCAUGUCCGCAGAUCUGGCUAGUCUGUUCGAAUGUCCCGUGUGCUUUGACUAUGUCCUGCCGCCCAUUCUGCAAUGCCAGAGUGGCCAUCUCGUCUGCAGCAACUGUCGCUCCAAGCUCACUUGCUGCCCCACUUGUCGUGGCUCCCUAGGCAACAUCCGGAACUUAGCGAUGGAGAAGGUUGCCUCGAACGUGAAGUUUCCCUGCAAACACAGCAGCUAUGGCUGCAACGCGUCGCUGAUCUACACGGACAAGACGGAGCACGAGGACGCAUGCGAGUUCAGACCGUACCUGUGCCCGUGUCCGGGAGCCUCAUGCAAGUGGCAAGGCGCCCUAGAGCUCGUGAUGCCGCAUCUUAUGAUGUCACACAAGAGCAUCACGACGCUACAGGGCGAGGAUAUUGUUUUCUUGGCCACUGACAUUAAUCUGCCGGGCGCUGUUGAUUGGGUGAUGAUGCAGUCCUGCUUCAACCAGCACUUCAUGCUUGUGCUGGAGAAGCAGGAGAAGUUUGAUGGUCACCAGCAGUUCUUUGCCAUUGUGCAGCUGAUUGGAUCGCGCAAGGAGGCGGAGAAUUAUGCGUAUCGCCUCGAACUGAACGGCCACCGGCGCCGGCUCACGUGGGAGGCGAUGCCCAGGAGCAUUCACGAGGGCGUCGCCUCGGCCAUUCUCAAUUCUGACUGCCUCGUCUUCGACACGUCCAUCGCGCAGCUGUUCGCCGACAACGGUAAUCUCGGCAUUAAUGUCACCAUCUCGUGCGUGUAGAAACGCUAGCGCUUCACCAUCACACUCUCUCAUCACUCCGAGGAGGAUUUAUCUUUACUUCUUAAAUAAAAUGACACUAGGGUUAAUU